AUGGCGGGGCCGGGCCCGGGACCCGGGGAUCCAGACGAACAGUACGAUUUCCUGUUUAAGCUGGUGCUGGUGGGGGACGCGAGUGUGGGCAAGACGUGUGUGGUGCAGCGCUUCAAGACGGGCUCCUUCUCGGAGCGCCAGGGCAGCACAAUCGGCGUCGACUUCACCAUGAAGACUCUGGAGAUCCAGGGCAAGCGAGUCAAGCUGCAGAUUUGGGACACAGCAGGCCAGGAGCGGUUUCGCACCAUCACCCAGAGUUACUACCGCAGUGCCAACGGAGCCAUCCUUGCCUACGAUAUUACCAAGAGGAGCUCCUUCCUGUCAGUGCCUCACUGGAUCGAGGAUGUGAGGAAGUACGCAGGUUCCAACAUCGUACAGCUGCUCAUUGGGAACAAGUCAGACCUCAGCGAGCUCCGGGAGGUCCCGCUGGCUGAGGCUGAGAGCCUAGCUGAGCACUACGACAUCCUCUGUGCCAUUGAAACGUCAGCCAAGGACUCGAGCAACGUGGAGGAGGUCUUCCUGCGGGUGGCCAACGAACUCAUCGUGCGGCACGGUGGCCCCAUGUUCAGCGAGAAGAGCCCUGACCACAUCCAGCUGGACAGCAAGGACAUCGGCGAGAGCUGGGGCUGUGGGUGCUGA